AUGAUCACAAUCUUUAUCAACGGCCAAAUCUUCUCUCCCACGUUGGGAAAUCCUUUCGUUUCUGCCAUGGUCAUCAACGGCCACCGUAUCACACACAUGGGUUCCGGGGAUGACGAGGAGGUCUUGCGAGCUCAGACAGAAGGACAGACGGUGAACUUGGCGAAUCGCAUUGUUCUCCCCGGUUUUAUUGAUGGCCAUGUGCACAUCCUCAACUUUGGUCUGUCACUACAAAAGCUUGAUCUUUCGCGCUGCAAAUCUCUUUCGGAUAUUCGCCAGACGAUCACUGCAUACGCGGAUACACAUCUGACCGAGCCCCGCAUUCUAUGCCGCGGGUGGAAUCAAUCAGCCACCCACAGCGAGGCUCUCGCCACAACCUUGGACGACUUGGACGCCCGGCCAAUAUACAUCGAAGCCCUGGACCUUCAUUCUACGUGGUGUAACAGUGCAGCGCUUGUUGAGUUGGAGAUCCAUUCCAGAUCGGAUCCUCCGGGCGGUAAGAUACACCGACAUCAAGAUGGGACUCCAUCGGGACUUUUGGACGAAGCGGCUCAGUUUGAUAUCGUUUGGCCUUUCCUAGAUCGAGUCACAUCGCUGGAAAAGAAGCUCACGGCCGUUGAUGCCGCUAUUGCUGCUCAAAAACGAGCCGGGUACACUGGACUGGUGGACAUGGCGAUGACUGAAAGAUGCUGGGAAGUGCUGAAUACCUAUCGCAAGGAGCGUGGCGGAUUUCCAUUUCACAUAGCGGCUCACUGGUUGAUUCCGUACUCAAAAAACAGUACUGAAAUCAACAAGCACAUCGACCGGGCCAUUGCGCUGCACCAGGAUUCGAAUCGCACCAGCACCCCCGACUUCUGCAUCGCCGGAAUCAAGUUGAUCUGCGACGGAACAGUAGACGGAUGCACAGCAGCAUUUCACGAGUUCUACGGAGGUCUUUCAAAUACAGUCGACCCUAUAUGGCCGGCCGAUGCUCUCGCAGCUGCUAUUCUGCGCGCAUCCGAGGCUGGGCUCCAGUGUGCCAUUCAUGCAAUCGGGGAUCGGGCCGUCACACAAACUAUUGAUUGUUUAUCUCUGGUUCCGAAUCUCUCCGCCUGUCGCCAUCGCAUCGAACAUCUUGAAAUAACGACUCCGGGGGAUGCGGAAAGACUGGGCCAGAUGGGGAUAGUUGCUUCGGUUCAGCCGGUUCAUCUUGAUCCAGCAACGUUUGGAGAAUGGCCGAAUAUGCUGGGCCCUGAGAGAUGCAAGCGAGCGUUUGCUUAUCGAGAGUUUGUGGAUGGAGGUGCACCCUUAGCUUUUGGAACUGAUGCGCCCACCGCAGCUCAUCACGCAUUGCCUAAUCUCUACAUUGCCACGACACGUCGAUCAGCGAUAGAUCCGUCUUUAGAUGAGACCAUCAACUUAGAACAAGCUGUUUCGUUUGCUACCGCCAUUUCAGCGGCUACUAUGGGGGCAGCCUACGCGUCUUUCGCGGAUUCGUGGACAGGGAGCCUGCUUCCAGGAUUUAAUGCUGACUUUGUGGUCGCCGAUAUGCAAUGCACUCCAGAGAAGCUAUUGGAUGCUCAGAUAUGCGAGACCUGGUAUAAAGGAAAAAGGACCUUUGACAUCAAUUCAAAUAGCUCUUGCUUCUAG